CGCAUCCUCACUCCUCACCUCCACCACCACACCAUGUCCGGCCAGUGCCCCCUCGGCUUCAAGGGCCAGAUGCCCGCGGCACAUCCGCCCGUGCCCGGCAUGUUCCGCAGCGACGUGCACCGCGUCUCGCUGCUCGAGUCGCUGCGCCUCGACUGGAAGGACUGGGCCAUGUUCUCGCUCGACGGCCUCUUCGUCGUGCUCGUGCUGCUGGCGCUCGCGUACCCCAAGCGCCUCGUCUUUACGCACGCGCGCAAGAGCGUGCCGACAAUUGCCGGCGCGCUGCCACUCAUCGGCAACACGCUGUGGAUCCUGCGCUGCAGCACGGGCAAGGACAAGCUGCUCGACGCCAUCCUGCGCGAGCAGCGCAACGAGCUCGACCGCGCCGACGGGCAGGGCAACUUCCCGCUCACCGCCACGUUCCCCGCGCUCGGCGGCCGCAUCACCGUGCUCAACCACCCGCUGUACAUUGCGCACGUGCAGAAGACCAACUUUGAGAACUACGUCAAGGGCUCGCUCUUCCGCAACGCCAUGGGCGACGUGCUCGGCCUGCACGGCAUCUUUGUCGCCGACGGCGACGUGUGGAAGCGCCAGCGCAAGAUGGCCAGCCACAUCUUCAGCGUCGCCAACUUCAACUCGCACAUCCAGACGACGGUGCACCACGACCUCGGCAAGCUCGACAAGCUGCUUGGCGCGCUGGCGUCGAGCGGCCGCCGCGUCGAGCUGCAGGACCUCUUCUUCCGCUUCACGCUCGACACGUUCACCACGAUGGCCUUCUCGGCGGACAUCGACUGCCUGCCCACGGACCCGGCGGCGCUCGAGAAGAGCGUCGAGUUCGCCGUCGCGUUCGACUCGACGCAGAGCAUCAUGGACAACCGCUUCGUCGACCCGCUCAAGGGCGUGCUCGAGUACCUGCCGUGGAACGCGCAGGGCCGCAAGAUGCGCGACAGCAUCCGCCGCCUGAAGCGCUUCUGCUACGCCACCAUCGACAAGCGCAUCGAGGCGCGCGAGAAGGGCACGGCCGGCGGCGCCGAGAAGGGCGGCAAGGACCUGCUCGAGCUCUUCAUCCAGCAGGGCCUGUCGCGCGAGGAGCUGCUCCCCGUCGUGCUCAACUUCAUCAUCGCUGGACGCGACACGACGGCGCAGACGCUGGCGUGGCUCUUCUGGGAGCUGGCGACGAAGCCCGACGUCGUGGCGAAGCUGCGCGCCGAGGCCGACGAGGUGCUGGGCGCCGGCGACGACGCGCGGCCGAUGAACUACGACGACCUCAAGCAGAUGCCCUACACGCACGCCACGUUCUACGAGGCGUCGCGCCUGCACCCGGCCGUGCCCAAGAAUGUCAAGCAGGUCGUCGCCGACGACGUGAUCCGGCCGUACGGGCCCGGCUCGGCGGAGCUGCUGGCGGCGCUGCCCGAGCAGAAGCAGCGCCUGCCCGACGUCAUCGUCAAGAAGGGCGAGAGCGUCGUGUGGGCCGACUACGCCAUGGCGCGCCUGCCCGAGCUCUGGGGCGCCGACUGCUGCGAGUUCAAGCCGGAGCGCUUCCUCGAGGAGAAGGACGGGCGGCAGAGCAUCAAGACGUUCAGCCCCUUCAUCUUCCACUCAUUCAACGCCGGCCCGCGCCUCUGCCUCGGGCAGACGCUGGCGACGUACGAGGGCGCCGCCGUCACGGCGCAGAUCCUGCGCAGCUUCGACGUCGUCUACGACCACGAGAAGCUGCGCGCCAAGCCGCCCGUGUACGCCGACAGCCUGACGCACCCCAUCGACCCGGCGUUUGUGUACCACGUCUCCUUCAAGCCGCGCGCCUGAGCGCGCAGUGUGCUGCCUGCCUGGACCUCCCUCCUGCCCUUCCUCUAUCUACUGUGACACGUCUCUAAUUAUCCCCGUCCCGCUGCUGUAUCACAUGACGGCCUUGCACGCCACGGCGCCGACGACGCAAUCGAUCUCGCGCGCCCGUAUCCGCCGCUGCAGCGCCGCGUCGUUCGUGUCGCUGCCCGCGCCGAGGUCGCGCAGCUUGU